AUGACGGCGCAGGGGGUAAGGCUUGUCUCUCUUUUGUUAACUAAAAAAAGAAGAAGAAGAAAAAAAAAGACACUAAAAUUUCUUCCCGCUCGUAAGAAUGCAAAUGUGACGCAUUUAUCGACCCCAAACCACUGCAAUUCGACUCUCACCGCCGUUCUUUCUUUCUUUCUUUCUUUCUUUCUUUCUUUCUUUCUUGAUUUACGGUUAUUUUCUUCUUUCUUUCUUUCUUUCUUGAUUUACGGUUAUUUUCUUCUUUCUUUCUUUCUUGAUUUACGGUUAUUUUCUUCCUUUUUUUCUUUUCUUCUUUCUUUCUUUCUUCUUUAUUUCCUUCCUUCUUUCUUUCUUUCUUUCUUUCUUUACACAGUUAUUUUCCACCCUUUCUUUCUUCUUUCUUUAUUUCUUUCUUUUUUCUUUCUUUCUUUAUUUCUUUCUUUACAGUUAUUUUCUUCCAUUCUUUCUUUCUUUCUUUCUUUCUUUCUUUUUAGUUAUUUCUUUCUUGGCAGUUAUUUUCCACCCUUUCUUUCUUUCUUUCUUUUUUUUCUUUCUUUCUUUAUUUAUUUACGGUUUUCUUCCUUUCUUUCUUUCUUUUUAUUUAUUUAUUUUUUUCAGUUAUUUUAUUUCUUUCUUAGCAGUUAUUUUCCAUCGUUUCUUUCUUUCUUUCUUUCUUUUUUUACAGUUAUUUUCUUUCUUUAUUUACGAUUAUUUUCUUCCUUUUUUCCUUCUUUCUUUUUCUUUCUUUCGUUCUUUACAUUAUUUUAUUUCUUUCUUUACAACUAUUUUCUAUCUUUCUUUCGUUGUUUCGUUCUUUCUUUCUUUCUUUCUUCUUCCUUUCUUUCUUUCUUUUUUCUUUAUUUCUUUCUUUACACCUAUUUUUUCUCUCUCUUUCUUUUUUCUUUCUUUCUAUUGUUCCAUGUUUAUCAUUCAUUCUUUCUUUCUUUUUUCUUUCAUACAAGUUAUUUAACUUCUUUAUUUCUACCUCAUUCACUCGUUCUUUCUUCGUUGUUAUUUCAUUUUUUCAUUCUUUUUUCCUUUCCAGUUAUUUUGUUCUUACCAUUUUCUUUCAUAAAUCUAUUUAACUUUUUUCUUUCAUUCUCAGCAGUUAUUCAUUCAUUAUUUAUUUCUUUCUUUUCUAUUUUUCAAUUAUUUUUCUUUCUUCCUUCCUUUUUUCUUUCUUUUUUCUUCUUUUCCUUCUUUCUUUCUUUAGUUACCUGUCUCUUUCGCCUUUUUAGAUUCCUUCUCAUCUUUCAAUUCAAUUUUUUUUGUUUUGUUCGUGUUUUUCAGCUUUUUCUUUCUUUCAUUUCCUUUUUUUCUUUUUUUUUUACAAUUUAUCCUUUAUUUCUAUAUUACUUUAUUUUCUUUUCUUUCUUUUCUCUCGUUUUCUUUUUUUCUCGUUUUUUCUUUUCUUUCUUUCUUUCUUUCUCGUUCUUUUUUUCUUUUCUUUCAUUCAUUUUUCUUUCUUUCUGCCUUUCUUUCUUUCUUUCUUUCUUUCUUUCUUUUUUCAUUAUUUUUUCCUAUAAUUUGACUUUCUCGGUUCCGCCUUUUUCUUUCUUUCUUUCUUUCUUUCUUUCUUUCUUUCUUUCUUUCUUUCUUUCUUUUUAUUGUCUCGUCAGUCACGAAGUCAUUUUCCUCGAUGCUUGUCAUAUUUUUCAUUUUCAGCCAGUCUUUUUCUCUCCCCCCGCCUUUCAUAAUAGUCCACAUCCUCCGCUCCUCUUCCUCCUUCUUCUUCUUCUUUCUCUUCUUCUUCCUCCCUCCUCUUCUUCUUUUUCUUCCUCCCUCUCUUCUUCUUCUUCUUCUUGA